GCGCUUUUUCGGGGCCCAAUGACGUCACGGCCCAGUCGGGAGAGCGCACUGCGAUGAUACGUGCCCCGCUAACCUUGACAGCUGAAGCGAGAUCGCUCCACGGUGGCAAGCCGUUAAGGAGCUAGGACUUUUAGCGCAUUCGAACAGGUGCACCUGAACGAGCCUUCUCCCGUGGAGUGCCGAGAUGUGGAGGUUUAUUUUUUAGUGAUUCCUUAGAGGGCGCGGCUUCAGUGCGAGCGCCCUCUCAACCGCGCACUCCAUCGCCAGCUCCUGCCAGUCUCCGCGAGGAGCAAGAAGAGCGGCCCGGCGGCACCGCGACCCCGAGUUCGGCGGCAGCGGGGGCCGAGGAGCAAGCCACAGCGGCGCCCCCGCAGGCCGCCGCUGUGGUUGACCACAGCAGGCCGGCUAUGGCACCACCAGCCAAGGAAGCACAGGAACCCGAGAAGGUUCCCCUACGCACCGUCUCGGCUGCGGCUGACGGUCCAGAGGAUGGGGCUGCGACAAAGGCCGAUGGCGCCCCGUCCGCCGACCAACAGCAGGAGGAGCAGAGAGGCGCCUUCAGCUUGUGGCUGGCCAAGCCGCGGGUCAUGUGGUGGAUCGCCGUGCUGGUGGCCAUCUUGCUCGUGGCGGUCGUGCUUAUCGCCACGCUGCUCUCCACCGGAAGGGAGGUCGACGACGUGGUAUGGACGGACGACGCCUCCCUGUUGACAGUCUGGCCACGGCCCAAAGGGAAGCACCGAAUGAUCUGGUUCCGUCACGGAAGCUUGCCGCACGAAGGUCGCGAAUGGCCCGAGCUGACCGUGCAGCUCAAGGAUCUCAUGUCGGCCUACGACCCCGUGCGCGCGGCGCGCAACUCCAACGUGACCGAGUGCUUCGGCCGGCGGCCGGAACACGGCAAGGUGUGCCUCUUCGACAUCCGCGCCGUUGCGCCAGAGUGCACGGCGGCGCUCGACUUCGGCUACAAGGAAGGCAGUCCCUGCGUGUUCCUCCAGUUCUCCAACGUUCCGGGCUGGGAGCCCGCACCCAUCGCGCAGCACGAGGCGGCCCAGCUGCUACCGGCGCCUCUGCUGCCGCUGCUCAAGCCGGGCCUCGUGCUUCUGCAGUGCGAGGGCGACACCGUGGUGGACCGCGAGAACCUGGGCGGCGUGGUGUACACGCCGUACCAGGGCUUCCGCACCGAGUUCUUCCCGUACACGGGACACAAGGACUACAUGGCGCCCAUGGUGGCCGUCCAGUUUCGGAAACCCUCGACGGCCAUAGUGAUCGGCGUCCGCUGCCGCCUCUGGGUUCGAAACCCGCCGCCGGCGAACGCCUCGGCCGAGCUCUUCUUCAACCUGCUCGUCGACUGAGGCCCUCUGCGCGGACGGCUGCGACCGUAUACGGGGGAGGCCCUCCUGAUCCCACCGUCUCUGUCAUCGAGUGCGCACGCGUAGCGCUGUUGGCCGCUGAAAAGGAAGCGAGGACCAAAUGCCACCCCGUGGCCCGUGUUAAAAACGCUCGUCGUUUCGCGUGCAUGAGUGGGGGAGCUUCAGCCGAGCGUUGCCGCACUUUACGUUGAUCGUUGCCGUGCCAUUCUAAAUAACGCUCCUUGAAGAUUGGUUUUCUUUAAAGAGCCGAUACCAACAAUUCGUAGGUUUGAGGUUCAUAUAUUUUAGCCUUCUCCCACUUCUGUGUUAGAUCUGCACGUAGACAACGAGAGAGUGUGGUAGAGAGUGUGGUGACAUGAAUAGUUGGCAGCUGAGUAGCAGCAGGUCUACGUUGAGUGCGGCAACGCUCGUUGCACUGUGGUCAUCAUUGCCGAGAUUUAUGUCAUCUUCCUUGGCAUUGUACCGCGGCCUGAUGGCGCGUUAUUGUUGUCAUUGAACGUUACUGAUACGGUGCAAGCGAUAAGCCACCGAAUGUAUGAGCAUGUAGACCAGCAGCAGAUCGCGUUUUCGUCUUUGGCACGGUAUACCCACUAUGACAACGUGGACGGUACCGCGAGCGCACUCUUUUGCCGAUCACGCAUAGCACGCGUUCGUCCGGAUAAGUGCUGAUGACGAAAACGUAGUUUGUUGCAAGUUUUGACGCUUUUGCGCCGUCUGCGGAGAGUUGACACGGAGUGUAUAGCAAAGGCAGCUAUGUAGACCACCAUUGCUACUGCUACCGUUUCCACGUCAUGGUGCACGCUCUGCUGGUGUAAAGUAUUGGCGAUCUACAUUACGAACGUGGACACCCCCAAAGUUUGUUUACUUGCGUUCGUGACGAUGCGAUGUGAGUGCGUCUGUAAGAGGGGGAUGACCCGCUGGUUUGCAAAGUCCUUUAGCGAGGUAGUUGGAAAGCAGAGCUUAAGUGAUGGCGGUGUCAAGGACUGGGAUGAGUUGUGAAAUGUUAUGGGAUGAAGUGCACUGCGUCGUUGCAACUUAAAAAAAGCGUCUAUUCGCGGUUUCUUUUUUAUAUUUUUCGUUUCCAAAGUUUCGGUGAAGGAAAGAAUUCUAUACGUUGAAAGACUCACACUGAACACUAAUGCUCAGAUACAAGCCGUCGAACUCGAUUGUGCCAUUAGACGCUGAUUUUUUGUUGAUUGCUCGCAAAACUCUUUAGCGUUAGUUAUAACACUGGUUUGCCGAUAUCAGACGGACGCGUUCGAUUGUAUCCUGGUCUUGAGGCAGUUGGUCGCCUGAGAGGGAUGUUUUAAGCGUUGGUCGGUGACUGAACGUGCAAUAGAAUCACGUUUGAGGUUCGGAGAACAGACAGACAUUUUCGCUCAAAGCUCGUUAUUAGGGGGCGGGUGAGGGCGGGAUAGUUUCGGCGAGGGUCGUUGUUACGGUGUUUCGUGGUCUGGCGAGGCGAGCCGCUGUUUGUUUCGUAUUGCAGGGCUUAAGACUGAAGCCUUAGACAUUUUUGGAGAGUCGCAUCUCAAGUACUUCAUAUGCCACACUGCCAUUCUGUUGAAGCCCCCACAAGUAAAGGGUAUGUUUCGACGUCGUAACGGUUUGCAGAAUGCGAAGGGAUAGAUUGUGAAACUAAGAAGGAUCGCAUGGCUAACGGUUAGCGGUUUUCAAGAAGUCCCUAUAUAGGUGACAAAGCAAAGCAAAAUAAAACAGAAGUUCGAAGGCAACGAACUGUCGGAGAGAUCUGUUCGAUUCUUUUUUCCUUAUUUUUUUUUUGGCUGUCGCAUGUGCGAAUACGCUUAGUUUCUCGAUCAUGACAAUGCUGUUUUUACUACCGAAUACGGAACAUUAGGAAGAGGCGGUAAUAAUAAUGAUAAUAACGGCUGGGGUUUUACGUCCGAAAACCGCGAUAUGAUUAUGAGAGACGUCGUAGUGGAGGCGUUCCGGAAAUUUCGACCACCUGGGGAUCUUUAACGUGCACCUAAAUCUAAUCACAUGGGUCUCUCGCAUUCUGUCUCCGUCGAAAUGCGGCCACCACGGCCGGGAUUCGAUCUCUCGACCUUCGGGUCAGCAGUAGAGGCGGUAACUUUGCGCUACCUUUAAAAGAGAUUAUAAUUUCUGUUUUCAUAAAAUAUACAUAGGAAAUGCACUGUCAAGGGCAGUCAAACGUUGUUUUCUAAUGCAGAAAAAAAAAAAAAAAACUUUGAAAACGGUUUUGCAUCCGUUCAUUUUCAUAAAGGAUCCGCUGUUGUUUUUGUUUAUACAUGUAGUCCGAACGGUUUCUUGAACUUCGCGACCUAUAGCCAUGCGUGAGCAGGAGGAACAGUUGAGGCUGCUUCAGCGUUGGACUUGACGAGUGUUCGUCAGACUUUGGAACCCUUCGGUGAAAGCAGAGUAACAAAGAGUGACAUGUCGGUGUUCUCAUGUGCGCUCAUUUAUUGUUACGCGCGUCCGUAAGCUCAUCGACGCAUGUCUCACUCGCUGGGUGUAUUGUGCACAAAGGCAGCGGGGAGGGAAGGGAGGGAUGGUGAGGGGUUGCGUCAUUGAUCGUAUAUAUAUAUACGAGGUCAGUAUACAUUACUUAUACCCCCCUGUUUCGCGCCACUUCUUUAUACUCAUUAUACUUACGAAAUACAGGUCGAAUCUUCUUUUUGAAGUGGUUGGCCGUGUGUAUUUAUGAGGUAUUUUCUUCCUCGACUGCGUCAAGUUGACAGCGAAUCUCGGAAAAGGCUGCGUUUUUUUUUUUUCUUUUUCUUUAUUAAUGUCAGGUAAGCCACUCGAAGCAGCUCCCUUGCCGAUAAGUAAACCUUAAGUAUCGUUCAAAAACGCCCUUCAUUUACCCGAGAAACCUUCGCCCUGCUGUAUCCGUUGCAAGUUGACAUGCGUUCAACUGGAGUGACCGAUGCAGAGCACCAAGUCGGGCUAGUUGGUUUAAAUUCAUAAUGACGACUAAAACUGCGCUAAAAACACAAGCACAAAGACGAGGAAAACAGGACUCGCGCAUACUCACAACAGAACGUUUAAUAUUUGAAGGAUAACAUAUAUACACAGUUAACAUUUAAUGAAAUAAGAUCAUUGGACACAGAUAUGUCUACGUCACAAAGUGGCACCUAAAUAUUUCAGCUCACAAUCAGCAAGAGAUACGGAAGGUUCACUUAUACACCCCCGUGUAUUGUUAAUCUUGAAAGCCUCGAACAAUUUGCGUGUGCACCGGUCCUUGUGACGAAAGAAAAUCUUGGUUUUAUUCACAAGCGGUUGGCACCAAUGUGCUCACUUUCACAGGUGAUGAAAACAUUCUGUAAGGUCAACGCUAGUUGUCUGAGAGGACAAAGGAUGUAAAUAUCGAGAGAAGAGCGCGCUGAGUGUUUUACAGAGGGAAAGAUCGGAGCACUCGAUAACAUCCAGAUACCCAAGGCGCGCGACCUUUAUUAGCACAAACAGGGAAAUCCCAGCACGGAGUUGAACCUUUAUGAAGGGCUUCGUAAGUGCAGGAAACGGCAAACAUGGUUUCGGGGUAACUUCCAGCCCAUUCAGUGCCAAGACACUGCGUUCAUUAAAGCUGUCAGUUA